UACCACUCACCAAUUUCAAUAUAUACUAUUUUUUUUAUUUAUUGAUAUUCUCUUCGCACCACCACCACCUUCUCUCUCUGCCUCACCACCCUCUUCUCCAAAACCUCUUUUCCGCCGUUUGUUAGGGUUUUUCUGGAUCUCGAUCCCUCUCAAUGGACCUUCGCAAGCGUGGAAGGCCCGAACUCGCCGCCACCCUUAACGGCGCCGUUAAGAAGACCAAGCAAGACUUGGAGUCCUCAUCAGGUGGUGUAGGAAGCAAAUCGAAGCCCUGUACCAAGUUUUUUAGCACUUCUGGUUGCCCAUUUGGUGAGAGCUGCCAUUUCUUGCAUUUUGUUCCUGGUGGUUAUAAUGUGGUUGCCCAUAUGAUGAAUUUAAAACCUGCUGCUCCUCCUUCAAGAGCUGUUGCUGCACCACCUCCGAUCCCUAAUGGCUCUACUCCAUCUGCUGUUAAAACACGCAUAUGUAACAAGUUCAAUACUGCUGAAGGAUGCAAAUUUGGUGACAAGUGCCAUUUUGCUCAUGGUGAAUGGGAACUUGGUAAACCUAUUGCUCCCUCAUUUGAUGAUCAUCGACCUUUGGGACCUCCAUCAGCUGGUCGAAUGGCUGGUCGAAUUGAGCCUCCUCCCUUGGCUGGUAGCUUUGGCGCCAUUUCUACGGCCAAGAUCAGUGUAGAAGCUUCUCUGGCAGGAGCUAUCAUUGGGAAGGGUGGUGUGAACUCAAAGCAGAUCUGUCGCCAAACAGGAGCGAAGCUUUCAAUCAGAGAGCAUGAAACUGAUCCAAACCUUAGAAACAUUGAACUUGAGGGAACUUUCGAACAGAUAAAGGAGGCAAGUAAUAUGGUAAAAGAUUUACUUUUGACUGUUUCAAUGUCUGCCCCUCCCAAAUCCACCCAUGGUGUUCCUGGUGCCCCUGCUCCACCUGGAAGUAACUUCAAGACCAAGCUGUGUGAGAAUUUUGCAAAAGGGUCUUGCACUUUUGGAGAUCGAUGCCACUUUGCUCAUGGAGCUGCCGAGUUGCGCAAGCAGGGGGUAUGAUUUUGUUUUUCGAUCUUGUAUUAGCCAGGUCUAUUAUUAUCAUUAUUGCAGUUGAUGUUGUUGUGCAUUGUUACUUAGUGGUUGGUACUCACAUUAAUUUUCCUGUUAUAGUUUUGCCGAACUAAGUUAAUUUUCAAAUCAUCUUUUUUGCGGUUGCAAAAAUGAGUAUCCUGUUCUUUU